AUGAUUCACUACAAUGUGAAGGGCUACCACCUCCCAGGCACGGUUUUGGGUGUUGGAGACCCAGCGCUUCUGGGGUCCUGGUAUGCUCUUGCCGUGGCCUCAGGUGAGAAGGGCUUUGCGUUGGAUAAGGCCUCGAAGAACAUUGAUGGCGUCAUGGUGACCCUUACUCCAGAAAACAACCUGAAAUUGUUGUCCUCCAGGCACAGGCUGGAGAGGCGUGACGUGAACGUGGUGGAGCUGCUGAGACAGAGCUCUGGAUGUGUGUUUGAGAACCCCUCCCUGGGAGUGUUGGACUACCGGGGGCUGGGCACCAACUUCAGGGAUUACGCCAUUGUGUUCACCCAGCUGGAGUUCAAGGAUGAGGCGUUCCACAACAUGGAGCUGUACAGCCGGACGGAGCUGGCCAGCCAGGAGGCCCUGCGCCUCUUUGCUAGGUGGAGCAAGGACCUGGGAUUCCUGUCUCAGCAGCAGGCCACGUGGCAGCCGGACCAUGAGUGUCACCCGAUGCCCACGGGACCCCAGCUGAAUUCUGCUGGUGUCGAGGUCCCGCCGGGCCACAGGGAUGAAUGCGUCGACCUCUGGGGCGACUGUGCCCGCCGAGUCCUCUGA